ACUGAAUGUUGUAUGCAUUACGUCAUCUACUGAAAUAUAAAUAGGCGGGUCGCGAUCUCUGCUGGCAGUCAGCUAGUUAGGAUCAGACCUGACUACGUGUCUAGCUGUUAGAUUCAUUCUCACGAUCAGAGGUGACAGUUCUUGAGAUUGUGGUCGUAAAAGGGAUUGUCUGGCUGUUUUGCACCUAACUAUCAAGACAAGAAAGAGGUUUCUGCUGUAAGCCUAGGGAGUGACGUAUAUCAAAAGAUUGAGACAUCAUUAUGGAAGAGUAUCUAAUUUGCGGCAAAACAGCAUCAGCUGCAGUUACAGCUAUGUGCGAUAUCCUAAAGGAAUUGAGCAGUUUGGCCUCGUUUGCAGAAGGUUUACAUGAAGCCAAUUUGUCACGCCGACGUUGCCGUGAUGGUGUGCGCACUACCGCAGAGUUGGCAAUAGGCUUUACGCUUGCAACUGAACGGUUCGUCGACUGGGCCGAUGGCACUGACAUUGACAAUGCAAUUGAGGCGGUGAAAAGUCAGGAUAGCAUAGCUAUCAAGUCUUUUAGGGCUGCACUAGAAGAGCGUUUACGACAAAUCCGGGAUUGCUACAAGAAGUUUUGUAAGAGUGCCAAAACAACAAGAGACCAAACUUACACUGCAGCAGCAAAUGCAGGGAAGCAUGCUUCGGAUGCUAGAUCUUUGGAAUUGCUAGGUAUGAUCGGCAAAGGUGCAAUAGCACUUGUCGUUCCCUUCGGUACCAUUUUUGUCUGCUGGACAUUAUUUCCAGCUGCGAUAGCUGUGGCUAAAGUUGCGAGUGUUGGACUUACAGGGGGGGCAAUUGGUUUUAUUGCCUGUUAUUGGCUUGAAAAAGACAAAAAAAGAGCAGCAGAGGAUUUGACUAGGGAGUAUCAGACUCUCGAUGAUCUAGCAACGAAGGUCGAUACCCUGCUUGACAAUGCAGGAGAACUGAACAUUUGGGUUAAUCAAGUUGGGCGACAAAAAAAAUGUCUUUCAAAAGCAUUUGCGCACUUCCACAGAGAUCAUGUCGACGGUGUAAUCAAUGAAUUGAAAAGUCUUAAGAAAGAAUCAAGCACGUGUAAGAGUGCACUCAACACUGCCAGUAAAGAGCUAAAACAGCUUAAACAAGAUCUGAGGAAAUAGAUGUAGCAAGUGCUUACAAAGAACGAUUGAACUAAUUCGUAAAAAUUUUUGCCGGCAGUGACGAUGUAUUGAACAUGGUUGUUUACGCGUCUAUAUCUAUGUGUGUAGGUUUGUUCAUGUGUUUGGACAAUUGACUCUUCAUGUUUGAUUCUACAUACUAGCCUUUGUGUUCCACUAAUUGCAAGCAACAACUACUGCUUGUCAAUGUGUACUGAGCAACGUUUUAGUAACUGUUUGUGAACGUUGUACUUUUGGUACGAUAUGAAUA